CGUUUAACUCGGAAGUUAUGAGUGUAUGUCGCUGCUCUGCCAGAUGAAUGUAAAGAAAUGGUGUUUUAUUCUUUGUUUAGACGGUUUUAAACUUAAGAAAUGGCGUGGAAAAGCAAAGGUUGUCCUCUCCCUCCAGCCUCCUUCCAUCUGCUGGUCCCUCCAGUGAGACUGAUGUCUGCCUUCAUGUGGCAGGUGGUGCAGCAGCACAGUGUGAUGCAGUAUGACAAGCUGGUGGACUUCAUCAGUCUGGCGACAGAGAUAGUCCCAGAGCUGCUGAGUCCCAGUCAGACAGCUCAGCUCAUCCUGGGCCUCAGAGCAAGGCUGGUUCUGGAGCUGUGUCGUGGUGACGGCGUCGCCAACCUGCAGACCAUCCAGAGCCACCUGGAUAAAAUCCACGCCUGCAGCGCCGAACUGAGCUCCACUGAUCAGAUGGCCAGCAGUGAUAUACUGAAGACCUCUUACACCAACUUUGCCAGCCUAGUUCAAAACCUUUUGAAUAUUCCUUUUGAAAAGGAGUUCUUCUUCCAAGAGGUUUUUCCUACAAACUACGGCUCUAACUACGACCAAAGACUGCAGCAGCUGGUGUCUGAGUUCCUGUCCAGGCUGGAGCAGCUGCUGCCCGUACCAGACCUGCAACAGACAGCAGCGUGGCUCCCUGAAACAUCUGUGUCUGAAGAAUUUGGACUGCAUCUGUCUGAACCCUUUUCCCUGAAGAGUCUGCUCCUUCAUCACAGACAGCUGGGGACUCUCAGCACUGCUCCUUCCAGCAGCGAGGAUGACAUCCUUUUGUCCACUCUGGCGCUCCCUGCUCAAACCGGAGUAGUGAGGUUCAUUGAGCCUUACAGUGAGGACGAUGAUGAUGAUGACAUUGAGGAAGAGGCAUUGGAAGAUUUAGAAGAAGACUCGAGUCAAAGCUCAGACAUCACUGCAGAUGACUCGUUGCCAAAAAGGGAAUCAGGUCCUCUGUCGCGUUUGUUCAUCUGCCCUCAGUGUUCAUUCGCUCACCGCGUAAAGAGGAAGGUAAAGGAGCACAUCACGAGUGAGCACCACGUAAGAGUUCCCACUCAGAAAAAAAUAUUUGUGAGGAAAGCCAGAGCAAAGGCUCAGCAGGAAAGUAAAGACUUGAACAGUGAAAAGAAGAAAGUAGAAGGCAACUCGGAGAAAAAGAGGAAACACAAACAAAAAGGCAGCGGUGUUAAGCAGAAGAAGGACAACUUGGAAAACAAGGAAGGACACAGACUGAAGGAGCCCACGGGGGAAGACAAAAGGUUCCUGAGCACGCGAGCCGUCAACAAAAACUUCACAGAGGAUGAAACCAAAUGCCUGAUGUGCGAAAAGGUUUUUGAACUUCCAAAUCAGCUGAAGACUCACAUGAAGCUCCACAGCUUCCCUUACUGCUGCAUCCAGUGCGAGAAGGGAUUCGCCAGCGCGUCGGGUUAUUACCAGCACCAGAGGCUCCACAAGAGAGGACGGAUAUUCGUCUGCGGCCAGUGUAACAAGGGAUUCCUGUGCAACUAUUCGCUCAAGCAGCACGAACGCCUGCACGAAGGCCCCGCCAACCUGUGCACCAUCUGCGGGAAGAACUUCAGCAAAGCGGGAAUUACGAGACACAUGCAGAUGCACAAAGGGGAGAAGAACUACUUGUGCACGUUGUGCGGGAAGUCGUUUUUGUCCUCCGGGGAGCUGCUGCUGCACACUCGGUCCCACACGGGCGAGAUGCCGUACACCUGCACGCACUGCGGGAAGGGCUUCUCCAGCAAGAGUCACCUGAGCGUCCACACGCGCUCUCACACGGGGGAGCGUCCGUACCUGUGCUCGCAGUGUCCGAAGCGCUUCCUCACGCUGAACUGCCUGAAGAGACACACGCUCAGCCACAACGGGGUGAAACCGUUCAAGUGUCCGAACUGUGAGAAAGAGUUCUCCCAGCAGGGGAAUCUGAAAAGACACUUGGCGACUCACAAACCUGACACGUAGUUUUAUUAAGACACGUUGUUAGAAAGCAGAAUGUAGCCAUAAAUAAUAUCCUACCUAAACAUUCAUGUUCAUAAAACACUUCACAGUUGUUUAUUGUGUAAUCAGUUACUACAUUUUAGCAGCAGUACUGAUGUCAUUGUUUUGUUUUAGGCUCCUACUUUGUGUCACCUUUUUGCUUUUUCUCCAAAUUCUGCACCACUAACUUCGCCUGAGAAUCACAAGUCAUAUUAAAUUGCAGUGGUGGAAUGUAACUAAGUACUGUACUUAAGUACAACUUUGAAGUACUUGUUGUACUUUACCUGAGUAUUUCCAUUUUCUGCUACUUUCUACUUCUACUCCACUACAUCUCAGAGGGAAAUCUUGUACCGUUUACUCCACUACUUAUUUUAAAAGCUUUACUUACUUUGCAAAUUUAGAUUAGUGAUACAAAAUAUAAGUACACUAAUAGGUUAUAAUAUUGUUAUAAUUUAAGCUAACCCAGCAGUAUAUAAUGUAGUUAAAUGAGCUCCACCGUUACCAGCUGCAACAUUAAAGUGAUGAACACAUGAAUGCAUCAAUAUCCUGCAUAAUGAGUACUUAUACUUUUGGUACAAGUACAUUGUAGUAUAUUUUAUAGUAUAUUUUAAUGCUAAUAUUUGUGUUACUUAAGUAACAAAAUGCAGACUUUUACUUGUAACUCUACUUGUAUUUGUAUUCUGUAUUAUUGCUACUUUUACUCAAGUAAAAGAUCUGAAUACUUCUUCCA